AUGUCUGCCACCAUCAGGACUAUCACCACUGCGUUUCCUUCCAAGGCUGGACGCUAUUACAGCACCGAAACCUAUCUUUUGCCUUCUGACGAGGUCGAGAAAGCCAGGCUUCAAGCUCAGCAUGUAGUUUACAAACACUACUUCGGCUCUGAGCUUAUCCCUGAGGACCUUGAGCUGACAGAAGGGGAUCGAAUCCUCGAUGCCGGUACCGGCUCAGGUUCAUGGGCAUCUGAUGUGGCACAAUCUGUUCCUGAAGGUGUGCGAGUGGUUGGCAUCGACAUCGAGCGCGAGUUGCUCCCCUCCGCGGGGCACAAUACAGAAUUCCUCGUCCAGUCCAGUCUUGAUCUGCCCGAGGAAUGGACGGGAAAGUUCGUCUUCAUCUUCCAACGCCUCAUGGUUCUGGCUUUCACGGAGGAUGCUUGGAAGAAGACAAUCGCUGGAUUCUAUCGCGCAUUGAGGCCAGGAGGUCGUGUCCAGCUUGUGGAAGUCGAUCUUCUGAGAGUUCUCUAUCCCGAGGUGAUAACACCACCGUACACGGCACGUUGGCUUGAAGGAGUUCGCCAGUUGUGUGGCCUGCGGGGAGUCAAGCCCCAAGCCAUCGUGCAAAUCCCAGAGCUUCUGAAAGAGGCUGGAUUCGUCGACAUUCAGAUCAAAAUCAGUCCGAGAUACACGAAAGGAGAUACUGGCAAGGCCACGAGAGAUACGGCGAUUGGCUCGCAACGAGGCCUGAAAGGCCCUUUUUUGAAGGCCGGAGGUUUCGGAAUUGGACGGACCGACGCGGAGUUUGACGCGUAUCUGGAUAAGGUUGAGGAAGAAUGGGCAACGACUGACUUUGCAUGGAUGUGGACACGUUGGACGGGAAGAAAGCCGAUUCAGAGAUAG